GAGAGCAAAAGAAAGAGUGGGCAGCCACUCUGGUGCACUCUGGUGGAUCUUGCCACAGCGUCACUGUUGCUUGAUCUCCAACAGUCCACACUGAAACUACUACUCUGAUCCCAGUGGAUCCCAGUUUUUUUUAAAUGGACACGGGCGGAUUUUUUUCGCACUUCAUGUUAAUGUUCCCGGAUUCAUAAAAGUGCUGCAACUCUGUGAGCCAAUAUUGUCGCAGCAUUGUCGACAGUUUGGUUGUGGAUACAUCUUCUUUCUUUUUUUUUUUUUUGGAUAACAUGCUGUCAUUGCCUACACCAGAAGAAGAACUUCCACUGACAAUCACAUCACGGCCAUCACGUCUGGAAACAUGGAAACUGCCUUUUGAGCACUGCCAAAAAAGACUGUCAAGCUGUGAAAUGUAAGCAAGUAACUGCAACGUAAAGAAAAAACUUUUAUUUUGUGAGCAGAUUUAUGAUAGUUGGAAGAAGUGCGGAUUCUUCCGUUUUGUUAACUUUGACCUGAAAAACACAACCUUGGCUUAUGAUAAUGGACGUCAACCUGAGCACUUCAGCGUCCUAUGUGAUCAACAGAACCGAACCGUACCACCCAGCGGCGGGACCCUGGAGCCUCAUCGUCCUGGUCAUCAUCAUACUGACUAUAGUGGUGGGGAACCUGCUGGUCAUCAUCGCCGUGGCUCGCACUUCACAGCUACAGACGACGACAAACAUUUUCAUCAUGUCCCUGGCGUGCGCCGACCUCAUCAUGGGGGUCCUCGUGGUGCCUCUUGGGGCCACCAUUGUUGUGACGGGCAACUGGCAGCUCAGUGACACCUUCUGCAACUUCUGGACGUCUGUGGACGUCCUGUGUGUGACGGCGAGCAUCGAGACGCUCUGCGUCAUAGCAGUGGAUCGCUACAUAGCCAUUACGAGGCCGCUCCGACACAAGGUUCUUCUCAACAAGUGGCGGGCCAGGGUAAUAGUCUGUUUAGUGUGGGUUUUGUCCGCUUUAAUUUCCUUUGUACCAAUUAUGAAUGGGGAUUGGCGCGUCAAGGACGACGAAGACGACAUAGUAGCGAAAAAGUGCUACGAUACCCCGACGUGCUGUGACUUUGUGACCACCAGGGUCUUUGCUAUUAUCUCUUCCAUAGUGUCCUUUUACAUUCCACUGCUCAUAAUGAUAUUUGUGUAUGCCAAAGUCUUUCUAAUAGCCACACGGCAGGUCCAGCUCAUAGAUAAGAAUCGCAUGCGUUUCCAGAACGAUUGUCCGACGGCGCAGGUGCAAGUCGUCCCCCACAUCAACAAUGUCCUGCAAACGGCGUGCGCAGGCUCCAGCGGCUGCAGCAGCGCGGCGCGGAGAAAGAGUGCCAAGCGGAGGCCGUCGCGGCUGAUGCUCGUCAAAGAGCACAAGGCCCUCAAGACUUUGGGGAUCAUCAUGGGGACCUUCACCGUGUGCUGGCUGCCGUUUUUCGUCGCCAACAUCAUCAACGCAUUUGAAAGAGACAUUCCCUCCGAGAGGAUCUUCCGACUGUUAAACUGGCUGGGUUACAUCAACUCCGGCCUCAAUCCUAUCAUCUACUGCAGGAGUCCAGAGUUUCGAACCGCGUUCAAGAACCUGCUGGGCUGUCCGUGGCUGUCAACCAUGUGGGUCAAUACUUUCUACAAAGAGCUGCGGACUCGCUGCUCCUGCUUUCUGUGGCAGGCUGAGUCAGGCACGGCCAGCUCUUUCCAAAAGUCUCCAACUUGUAAGACUGAGGGCAGCGGGAGUCUGGCCAGUACUCUUGGAAGCAGCAAAAGUGACGGCAGCAUACAGUUCUGUGACUUAACAGAGCCAGAAUCCAAUUUCUUCACAUUGCAGGAAAAGGACGGAUGAACUGUAGAAAAGUCGAGCUACUGAAGCAAACUAUGCUCCCCAGCCGUUAGUGUGAUCCCCGCGGAGGCUGAGACCAAACAGCAGGGAGGGCAGGCUGAAGAAAAGCACAGCCGGCGGCCCUGAUAAACCUGGCUGAAUGUAGCUAACCCCAAAGAGAUGACUGGACCCACUGAAGACAAACAGCUGAUUUGGUCUGGACAGGAACACUGUGACCGUCUCCGUGGGCAGGAGACAGACUGCGGCAGCACAGCACUUCACUUGACAUUAGGUGACAACAAAGUGUCCUGAACUGCACGUUUGAAAUGCAUUCCAGUUGACCUUUGGACACAGCGUAUGUGGCCUGUGGUUUCAAAAAUGACAGCAUGGACUAAUGUUUUACAGUAUAUUAUCUGGUAAGUUAUUUUGAUACACUGAAUCUGUAGCAACUUUUAACUUAUUACAUGGUCAUGAUUCUGGCAUGGCUGUCUUCACUGUCAUGGCACAGACUUGUCAGCGUAAAAAUAGGAGCUAAACCAAAGGGCUGUGUGCAUUCAUAUAUUCAACAAUACUGGUGUCUGUUUUUAGUCUUGAUCGGUCUGUUUUUGAGCCUAGACUCUGCAUCCACACAAUAGUUAUCUCGCUUUAAUCUCUUCGUCUAUGUUAAGGUAUACCAUGGCUAUGGAACAUGUUCAUUUCCGAUUGGUUGGCUGUUUAUAUCUUACAUCAGGACAACUCAAACAUGAUUCCGCUCAUCAGUUAACCAUUACUAUAAAUUACUGGGUAACACUUUACAAUAAGGUACACAAAAAAUAGGUAGUUACUGUUUUCAAAAGGGUAGUUAUCCUUUUUCAGAAGGGUAGUUACCCUUUUUCCGAAGGGUAACUACCCUUCUGAAAAAGGGUAACUAAUCAUUUGUUACCCUUCUAAAAAAGGGUAACUAUCCUUCUGAAAAACAGUAACUAUCCUUCUAAAAAAGGGUAACUAUCCUUUUGAAAAACAGUAACUAUCCUUCUAAAAAAGGGUAACUACCCUUCUGAAAAAUGGUAACUAAUCAUUCAUUACCCUUCUAAAAAAGGGUAACUAUCCUUCUGAAAAACAGUAACUAUCCUUCUAAAAAAGGGUAACUACUCUUCUGAAAAAUGGUAACUAAUCAUUCGUUACCCUUCUAAAA